AUGUGCGACGGAGUAAUUCGCAGCAGUGACGGCUGUACUUUUCCCGUACACCGCAUUAUAGUGUGCUCGGCCGCAGAAAAAAUUAGUCAGUUGUUCAUCAGAGAAACAGAUUCUGGAGUCAAAGAAGUGGUCGAAGCUAGCUUUCCCGUACCGGCCAAUAUCGUGAAAUUACUUUUGGAAUAUAUUUACACCGGCACAUGUACGCUUACUGUGUCGAAAGCGAGAAGUCUUUUAAAAGUCGCUCAUCAGUACGAUGUGGAGGAACUCGUCCGCGAUUGUUGCUGCUUCCUGAGAGAAGAAAUGAGUGCGAGAAACUGCGUAGAUACUCUGAAAGCUGCUGCCGACCUUCACCUCGUUUCGCUCGAACGUCAGGCACUGAGAUUCAUAUGCUACAACUUCCUGGAAGUUGUAGAGUCGGCCACUGCCAUAUGGACUCUGGGUCCUGACACGAUGUACGAGAUUUUGUCUUCCGACCAGCUGAACGUCGGCCACGAGAAGGCGGUGCUCGAUGCCGCCACACGCUGGGCGGAGUACGACCCCGAGAACAGGCUCGCCCCCCUGCAGAACCUCAUUACGCUGUGCCCUCGGUACGGACUGCUCGACCCACAAGAGUUUGACGGCAUCGUUCUCAACAACGAAUACCUGCGGCGAAGUGAAGCUCUGCAGAAAAAGCUCCAAAGUACAUGCGAACACCUGAAAAACAUUCAAAGGGAAUCAGCAAAAAAAUAUUUUGAUUUUGAUGUUGCCCGACCACGAAUUCCAUAUGGUAUUAUAUUCGCCAUUGGUGGCUGGAGUGAUGGAGCACCAACAAAUUUCAUGGAGACAUAUGACUCAAGGACAGACCGAUGGUAUUCCUCAAAUUUUGUUGAUUCCUUGGCACGAGCAUAUCACGGAAUAUGUGUCCUGAAAAAGCUAAUAUAUCUCAUUGGUGGUCAUGAUGGAAGAGAAUAUUUCAAUUCAGUCAAAUGUUAUGAUCCUGAGAAACAUGAGUGGAGUGAUCGAGCAUGCAUGUAUCAUGCUCGAAGUUACGUCAUUUGCAUUAUAUUUACAGGUGACAAAAUAUAUGCUAUAGGAGGAAAUGAUGGAAGAAAUCGCCUUAACUCAGUGGAAAGGUAUGACCCUUCUUUGAAUCAGUGGACAAUGCUCCACGAUAUGCAGUGUGCCAGAUCUGAUGCAGGUGCAGCCACUCUCAAUGAUAAGAUAUAUGUAGCAGGAGGCUUCAAUGGGACUGAAGUACUUGACAGCGUAGAAAUUUAUGAUCCAGAAACUGAUUCAUGGACAUUCAUCCAGGAAUUGGGUGUCUCCCGCUCUGGAUUGAAGCUCAUUGCAAACAAAGGAUGUCUGUAUGCUCUUGGUGGCUUCAGUGGCUGGCAUAGGCUUGAGUCAGCUGAAAUGCUGGAUCCAGAAAAAACACUUGGCUGGAGUGAAAUAUGUCCAAUGCAUUAUGCAAGAAGUAAUUUUGGUGCUGUUGUCCUUGAUAACCAUAUUUAUGCAAUUGGGGGCUAUGAUGGAUUUACAACAAUUCCAUAUGUAGAACGUUAUGACAUCAGAGAGAAUCGUUGGGAUAUUGUGGAGAAAAUGGGUUUGCAUCGCAGUGCGUUAGCUGCUUGUGUAGUAAGUGGUUUGUCUAAUUCAUAUGAAUAUUCAUUUAUAAAAGAUGAGAAUAAAGUUAAUGAAGAUGGUAAUCGUGGCUCAUCAAAAGAACCUCAGACUUCUGGAACAGCCUGUGGUUGA